AGAGAAACUCCGUCUGCGUCUCCUCGGCGUGACGUCACGGUGCGAGCUGUUCCCGCGCCGCUGGUGCUGAAGGAAUGUGAAGAUUUUCUGUGAGAUCGGAGUUUAUUGCUGAGAAGCUGCGGUUAUGGCUUUGUGUUGAAUCCAGUCACAGCACGUUAACGGACUGUCCCGUUCCCGCGGAGGUGUGACGCGACGCGACGCGAUGUCUCUGCUCUGCGUCGGUGUGAAGAAGGGCAAAUAUGAUGGACCCCAGGAGAAAUUCAACACAUAUGUGACUCUGAAGGUUCAGAAUGUGAAGAGUACGACCAUCGCUGUACGCGGAAGCCAACCCAGCUGGGAGCAAGACUUCAUGUUUGAGAUAAAUCGUCUGGAUCUGGGCCUGACGGUGGAGGUGUGGAAUAAAGGACUGAUCUGGGACACCAUGGUCGGCUACGUUUGGAUUCCACUGCGGAGUAUACGCCAAUCUAACGAGGAAGGACCAGGCGAGUGGCUGACUCUAGAUUCUCAAGUUAUAAUGGCAGAUAAUGAAAUCUGUGGCACCAAAGAUCCAACCUUUCAUCGUUUGCUUCUGGACACACGCUUCGAACUGCCACUGGACAUCCCAGAAGAAGAGGCGCAAUACUGGGCCAAAAAACUGGAGCAGCUCAAUGCCAUGCGAGACCAGGAUGAUUCAUAUCAGGAGGUUCAGGAGAGGCCACUGUCUGUCCCAGGAACACAGUGUUGUAACUGGUGGGGCGACCAGCAGAACAAUGAUCCAGACAGCGCGAUGGAUGACCGAGACAGUGAUUACCGCAGUGAGACCAGUAACAGCAUCCCACCGUCGUUCUUCACCGCAUCUCAACCCAACGCCUCGGUCCACCAGUAUCCCAUGAGCCACCAGCACCACAGUCCCAGCGCCCCAAACAACCACUGCGACCCGGUCUACGAUCACCAGACAGGCAUCAGCCCGACCGGGAGCUACGCAUCCUCAGCCGAGCUCAGUCACUGCAGUUCUCAACUGAGCGAAGAGUACGGCGAGCGAGAACUUUACGACGAGAACGACUCGUACCACUCCUGCCACUCGUCCGUGUCCUACAGCAAGGGCUCGCCGGACUGGGACGAGAUGCAGGGCACGUACAGCGAUGAAUGUGUCUACAGUAAAGAUGAAGGAGGAGAAGAAGGUGCUCUUUAUGAGGAAGAAGAUGCUGACCUGUAUCCAGAGGAGGUGGACAUGUUCGAGGGCGAGGAGGACUUCAACUACGUCAAUGAAGAAUUGGAUCCAGUUGACGAGGACCAAGAGCUUUCGUUCACUCCAACCGCUCCAACGCUUGAUGUCCCAUCAGCUACCAGACCUCCUCUGGAGAAACAGACCUCGCUUCACCAACAGUCUCAAAACGCCAGCCAACCUCAAGUCCAACAGUCCAAUCAGACUCAACCCAAACCCCCAAACCAACAAGUUCCCACCCCCCAAAAACAGCAGUCCUCAGGCCCACUCACUUCGGUUCAGUCCUUCUUCGCCAUGGCUAAGCCAUUGACUGCUGUGUUUGGUUUGGGUGGAUCUACUCCUUCUCCACCAACAACACAAUCCCAACCUCCACCAACUCAAUCCCAACCUCCACCAACUCAAUCCCAACCUCCACCAACACAAUCCCAGCCUCAGAUGGCUCCACCUCCUGCUCCUGCCACCCAACAGAUGCCUCCACCAUCAAACAAAUCCCCUGAGCUUCCCACUCCUGCCCCAACAUCCAAUUCCAAACCUGCACUAGAACCUAAACCUCCAUCCCUGACCGUGGAGAAACCGCCAACGGUAGAGCCACCAAUGGAGGAGGAACCUCCACUUCAAGAAGAUGGCUUUCACGUGGAAGAACCUCCAGAUGAGGAAAUAAAGAUUGAGAGUCCACCUCCAUCUCCUCCUUUUGAAGAGGAGGAACCAGUACCUGAACCUGAGAGUGAACCUGUGAAGGAGGAGCCGAAAGAGCCGGUGGAUCCGGCGGUCAGAGCUAAAGAGAACUGGUUACGACUCUUUGAGAAAGUCCGACAGCAGUUACAGGAGGCACGAGGAGAGACAGACUCUCAGUCGCUGUGGUUUGGUAAAGGAGGGAUGGGUGGAGCGCUGUAUAGCAUCGACAGCAUGCCUGAUCUGAGGAAGAGGAAGACCAUUCCUCUGGUCCGAGAUCUGGCUAUGUCUCUAGUGCAGAACUCUCGUAAGGCUGGCAUCACGUCUGCUAUGGCCUGUAGCACACUCAACAAUGAGGAGCUGAAGAGUCACGUGUAUAAGAAGACGCUGCAGGCUCUGAUCUACCCCAUCUCCUGCACUACGCCGCACAACUUCGAGGUGUGGACGGCCACGACACCCACCUACUGCUACGAGUGCGAGGGUCUGCUGUGGGGCAUCGCGCGUCAGGGCAUGCGCUGCUCCGAGUGCGGCGUCAAGUGCCACGAUAAGUGCCAGGACCUGCUCAACGCCGACUGCCUGCAGAGAGCUGCUGAGAAGAGCUCGAAGCACGGCGCUGAAGACCGAACGCAGAACAUCAUCAUGGUUCUGAAGGACCGCAUGAAGAUCCGCGAGCGCAACAAACCCGAGAUCUUCGAGCUGAUCCAGGAAGUGUUCGACAUCCCCAAGGCGAGCCACGGGACGCAGAUGAAACAAAUCAAGCAGAGCGUUCUGGACGGGACGUCAAAGUGGUCGGCCAAAAUCAGCAUCACAUUGGAUUGUGCUCAGGGUCUGCAGGCGAAGGAUAAGACGGGUUCGAGUGACCCAUACGUCACGGUUCAGGUGGGCAAAACCAAGAAGAGAACCAAGACCAUCUACGGCAAUCUCAAUCCCAUCUGGGACGAGAGCUUUCACUUUGAGUGUCAUAACUCUUCCGACCGGAUAAAGGUGCGCGUCUGGGACGAGGACGAUGAUAUCAAGUCUCGUGUGAAGCAGAGGUUCAAGCGGGAAUCCGAUGACUUCCUGGGACAGACCAUCAUUGAAGUGCGAACGCUGAGUGGAGAAAUGGACGUCUGGUACAACCUCGAUAAGCGCACUGAUAAGUCGGCCGUGUCCGGAGCGAUCCGCAUGCACAUCAGUGUGGAGAUCAAGGGAGAGGAGACCGUGUCUCCGUACCACGUUCAGUACACAUGCCUGCAUGAGCACAUCUUCAACCACACAACAGAGAAGCAGAACAGUGGCGUGGUGAAGAUCCCAGAUGCUAAAGGCGAUGAUGCCUGGAAAGUGUACUUCGAUGAGACGGCGCAGGAGAUCGUGGAUGAGUUUGCCAUGAGAUACGGAGUGGAAUCGAUCUAUCAGGCCAUGACGCAUUUUGCGUGUCUGUCAUCGAAGUACAUGUGUCCCGGUGUUCCUGCGGUCAUGAGCACACUGCUGGCCAACAUCAACGCUUACUACGCCCACACCACACAGUCCACCAACAACGUCUCUGCCUCCGACCGCUUCGCUGCAUCCAACUUUGGGAAAGAGCGGUUUGUGAAACUGUUGGAUCAACUGCACAACUCUCUGAGGAUAGACCUCUCUAUGUACAGGAAUAAUUUUCCAGCCAGCAGUCCGGAGAGGCUGCAGGAUCUGAAGUCCACUGUAGAUCUUCUGACCAGCAUCACUUUCUUCAGGAUGAAGGUUUGUUCUGGUGACAGAUCUUAA